ACCUGCUGCUGUAAUGUGCAGUUUGAGAGUGUGCAGCGUCCCUGGCCUCGAAUGAAACACACUAGAUCAUUAGCAGCUUUUCAUUGAAGGGAAACAGAGAGAAAGAAGGGGACUGUAUUCCAGGAGCGGGUGAUCACAGACAGGGCGCUACAAAACACAGGCGGGCAAGCGUGUGUUGGCCAGAAGGCAAAUCGAGUUGAGCCAGAGAUGACGGAGUUUAGCGAGAUAUUAAUGUCGGUUUUGUCUACGAUUCGGGUUCCGAGGCCCGGAGAUCGUGUUCACAAAGACGAGUGCGCCUUCUCAUUCUCCAGCCCGGAGAGUGAGGGCGGUUUGUAUGUCUGCAUGAACAGCUUUCUCGGCUAUGGAAGCAAGUAUGUAGACCGACACCACGCCAAAACCGGUCAGAGAGCUUAUCUGCACAUCACACGGACCCGCAAGACACAGAAAGAGGAUGAUACCAAUUCUGGAUCUGGUGAUCCUCCAAAAAAGAAGCUCACAAGAUUGGCCAUAGGGAUUGAGGGAGGAUUUGACGUUGAGCAGGAUCAGUAUGAGGAGGAGGUCAAAGUGGUUCUCUUCCCAGACCGACAGGAAGUGACAUCAGAGGAUCUAGCUUCCAUGCCAGAUGUUGUUAGGGAGCGGGUGUCUCUGUCGAUGGCGGGGCUGCAGGCAGCAGACUCAGUGUCACAUACCCUGCAGGUGCAGCAGUGGGACGGAGAGGUACGACAGGAGUCUAAACACGCAGCUGAACUCAAACAACUCAACAAUGGACUCAAAAUCCCUCCAAGUGGUUGGAGGUGUGAAGUCUGUGACCUACAGGAGAACCUGUGGAUGAAUCUUACAGAUGGGAAGGUUCUGUGUGGGCGGAGAUAUUUCGAUGGCACAGGGGGGAAUAACCACGCCCUCCUGCACUACCAGCAGAGCGGAUACCCAUUGGCUGUCAAACUUGGCACAAUAACACCAGAUGGAGCAGAUGUCUAUUCAUAUGAUGAAGAUGAUAUGGUAUUAGAUUCAAAGCUUCCAGAACAUCUUGCUCACUUUGGCAUUGAUAUGAUGACUAUGGAGAAGACUGAACGAACCAUGACUGAGCUGGAGAUUGCGGUGAACCAGCGUGUGGGAGAGUGGGAGGUGAUUCAGGAGUCAGGAACUACUCUGAGGCCCCUUUGGGGCCCAGGGCUCACAGGGAUGAAAAAUCUUGGAAACAGCUGCUACCUCAACUCUGUCAUGCAAGUGCUCUUCACCAUCCCUGACUUCCAGACCAAAUACGUUUCCAAAAUUGACAAGAUCUUUGAUGAGGCGCCCGCUGACCCCACCCAGGACUUCAAGACCCAAGUUGCAAAGCUGGGUUAUGGACUUCUGUCAGGAGAGUACUCCAAGCCUGCCCCAGACCUUGGAGAUGACCCCAAUGCCUCCACUGAACCCAGGGAUGACCAGGUUGGUAUAGCACCUCGCAUGUUCAAAGCCCUGGUUGGACGAGGCCACCCUGAGUUCUCUACCAGUCGGCAACAGGAUGCACAGGAGUUUCUUCUUCACUUUAUAAAUAUGGUGGAGAGGAACUGUCGGUCUGGCAUGAAUCCCACAGAAGCUUUCCGCUUCCUGGUGGAGGAGAAAAUCGUAUGCCAACAGUCACAAAAGGCCAAGUAUACUCAACGAGUGGACUACAUUGUCCAGCUGCCUGUUCCUAUGGACCAGGCAUCCAAUAUGGAGGAGCUACAGGAAGCUGAGCGUCGGCGUGAGGAGGCAGAGUCAUCAGUAGCCCCUCCCCCCUCUGCGCCACGUGCUCAAAUCCCAUUUGCUGCCUGUUUGGCUGCUCUCAGCGAACCAGAAACGCUCACAGAUUUCUGGAGCUCUGCGGUGCAGGCCAAAACCACUGCCACGAAGACCACACGCUUUGCUUCAUUUCCUGACCAUCUUGUCAUCCAAAUCAAGAAAUUCACCUUUGGCUUGGACUGGGUCCCUAAAAAGCUGGAUGUGAGCAUUGACGUUCCUGACACACUGGAUCUGAGCGCGCUCAGGGCCAUGGGACAGCAGCCAGGGGAGGAGCUUCUACCAGAAGUGGCCCCACCUCCUCUUAUGACCCCUGACGUGGAGGUUAAAGGUAUCCUGGGUUCCCACGGCAACGAGGAGGACGACUCUCUCUACUCCCCACUGCUGUCUCCGGUGUUGGAUGACUCCACAGUGUCUCAACUGUGUGAGAUGGGUUUCCCUCUGGAGGCCUGUCGUAAGGCUGUGUAUUACACGGGCAACACUGGCAUUGAUGCUGCCAUGAACUGGGUGAUGGGACACAUGGAUGACCCUGAUUUCUCUGCACCUUUAGUGUUGCCUGGCUCUAGUUCCGCCCCUGGCACCACACCUACAGAAAGCAUACCUGAGGAACACCUAGCAACCAUUGUUUCUAUGGGAUUCAGUCGAGACCAGGCGACUCGCGCUCUCAGAGCUACGAAUAAUGUUCUAGAGCGUGCUGUGGACUGGAUCUUUUCACAUCUGGAUGAUCUGGAGUCCAUGGAUGUGUCUGAAGGUGGCCGCUCCGAGGGAGGAAGUGAGGCCAGUCGGGAACCUCCUCCAGGACCACGUGUCCGUGAUGGACCAGGAAAGUAUGAGCUUUUCGCGUUCAUCAGUCACAUGGGAACAAGCACAAUGUGUGGCCAUUAUGUUUGCCACAUCAAGAAGGACCAACAGUGGGUAAUCUUUAACGAUCAGAAAGUCUGUGCCUCUGAGAAACCCCCCAAGGACCUGGGCUACCUGUACUUUUACAGGAGAGUGGUGGAAUAGAGAAAAUUAGUGUAGCAUCUAUCUCUCACAUACACACAAUUGAGCUACAGGAAAAGUAGGACCAGACACCUCCUUCUGAUAAGCCAUUUUAAGUCAAAGCACUUCUCCCUCAAAUAUAAUGACCACCGAUGAGAUGACAGGAAGCCAGAAGAAAAAAUGGAGAGGAAAAAAAUAACGUAGGAUGUGCGAAUUAGAGUGUUCUUACUCUAAACACUUCUGUUGUACAAUGCCUUACCACACACAAACACACACACUAGUCUCCUUCGUGCCUCCCCCUGAUUGGAUAGUGGCUAUUGUGACAUCAUUGCUUCUAGAGCACCUUCCUAAACUCCACCUUCCUUCCCUUUGUGUUCCAUAAUGUUUCUGCAAAUAUUUGACAAGUAAAUAUCACUAAAUCACAAAACAAAAAAUAAUAAAUAAAUAAAAUUAUAGAUUGGAUUUUUAAAUUUAAAAAAAUGAAUGCAAAAGUUAUUGUGCGGUUUCUUUUUUUCCUUAUUUUGUUCUGUUUUUUUUGUGGGGAGGAAAGUUUUCCUUUUGUUCUUUUCGCUUCCAAAUAUUAAAAAAGUGUCUCUUUGCUUC